AUGGAGAGCAACGCCGACGACAUCAGAGCAAAUCUCGCCCAGAAUGAAGCAGAAAUACCCUCACCAUCUCAGACCACCGGUUUGGAAGAUGCCGGUGGACGAUGCACAACCAGCCCAACACCUCUGGAAGAAAUGAUUCUCCUCGCCAACGUUGUGCUUCUGAUCCUCGGCGUCCAGGUCGUGGCUGGCACAGGGCUCAUCCUACUCGCUCACUUUGGCGCCAGUGACAUCUCGGCCUGGCUAUGCAAAUAUUCGGUUGCCGGAUUCUACUUCUUUUUCUUCACCCAGACGGUCGGUGUACAGAUUUACUACAGGAUCACUCAGCUUGCAACCGUCGAAGGGACCCGGAGACACUUGCUAAAAAAGUGUUCGCUGGGAAUGAUCCAAGUGCUUGUGUUCAUCGCCAUGGUUUUACAAACGACGCACGUGUACUGUUCCGUUUCUAAGAACAUGCAAUUCCAGCUGGUGGCUCUAGUGGAAGCGCCACAGCAGUAA